AUGUCACUAGAAGAGUUCUUCAACGACAAUACACUGGGAGACUCUGUGUGGGACGAGGAAGAGAUCAACCUGGACGCGAUAUCAAUAUCGUCACCUCUUACGAACACCACGAGUUUGGACGUGCUCAAGCAAGGUCCGGUCAAGCUGGGCGGGCCUACAAGCGAGGCCCGGGGGCCAAUGGGCCGAGGCAACGUGAUGCCAGAGAGCGGCGGCCCACGGAUGCGAAGUCAGCCCUACAUUGUGAAGUUUUCGCAUCUGCCAUCCAAGUUCACGCGAGCGGACAUCGAGGAUCUGUUUCAUACGAAAUGCACGCGGUAUUCGAAGCUCAAACUAUUUUGGGAGCUAAACAAAAAGCCGCCCAUUGGGCUUGCUUUGAAAAAUACAGGAGUUUUUGAAUUGAACUUUACACGUGACUCAAAAGUGGCCUUCACGGAACUGUACUCUGCGCGCGACAUGGACAAGAUUCUAGACAACUGGAGUGCACCACUGCGCGAGCUGUUCGAUAUCUACGUUACUCCCGCUCAAUACGACGAUUUCCAGCAUUAUAUGGCAAAAACCAAGCUGUUGAGUGAGGCCGACGAUCCCGGUUUGUCUUAUGAUCCCCAAGCGCAGCACUCCCGAGCACAAUCUUCACACCUACAGAGAGAUAGCCAGCUACCGCCUCAGCAGCAAAAGCGGGAGCCUAAACACAAGCAAUCGGGACCCGGCGCCGAAGUAGCUCAUGGAUCUCCACAACAAUCCUCGAGCCCCAAAAAGAAUCCAUUUGGCCACGCAAAACCGGUAGACACGCAGACCAAAAUCUUGCAAAUUGAACAGACGGUGAACGAAUUACACAUAGAAGACACGAAGAAACUUAGAAGAGCCUCACAGGAUGGCCAUCACGGCACAGCCAUGGCGCCGCAACCCAUCAGUUAUUCUGCAAUCCUGAAAAAAUCUGUCUUAGCGGCAACCCCAGCCGCAUCCCCGCAUUUUGAGCCUGCAAAAGCUAUGCCUAGCGUAUCGCCAGAGGUCGAGGAAGCCAAUUCAGAGCCACAAGACAAAACAGAAUCUGACGAGGAAGCAACAGAGACUGACGGCGAAGAAGUCCAGCCCAAAUCUGAUUUUGUUUUCAAAACAACCGGACGCGAAGACUCUCAUGGUCACGAACGAUCCUCGCAUCAUGGCAAUGAGUACCCUGGUCGUGGCGGAUACCGCGGUGGACGUGGCGAUAGAGGCGGUGGCUCCUAUCGAGGACGCGGGAGAGGUGGAACCCAAGGGAGAGGCGGAUUUUCCAAUAAAAAAUUCGACGAUACUCGUCACAAGUCUAAGUUCAAUAAUGGUAGGGACGAAAAUCCUUAUUCUGCAUUUCGCCCUGCGAGUGGAUUCUUAAGAGAAGGACCAAGUCCCGGUUCCAGCAGAGGCGGAAGAGGUGGUAGAGGAGGCCACGGAAACGGCCCUAACGAGCGUGGAAGAGGUGGCUACAGAAACAACCGCCACGGGUUCACAUCAAGUUGA